AUGACUGAUCCAUCUGCUAUGUCAUUGCUGACUUCAGUCCGCUCCCAACUCGUCGUCGACUGGGACGCUGACGCUUCUCCACCGUCCACGCUGAAGCCCGAAGACCAGGAGCAAACUGAGUCGAGACAUGAACACAUCUACUCCGAGCCAUUCCCAGAUUACGAUGACGAGUCGUCCGUAUCCGAUGCAGAAACCGAAAAGGCUUACAAAGUCGCCUUCACUGCAGUCAUGCAUGACAAGAUCCGCACCCAGACCGUGGACCCUCACAUCUUGGUGCUCAGACAAGUGGUAGACAAGAAACAUAAAACACUGGAAGCCAUGAAGGAAGCCCUCUCUCAUCCGCAGCUUCGCCAGAGGACUCGCCUGCGAUUCAUUGCACUAACCAACAUGAUCAUCCGUCUGGAAAACACCCUUUUUUCCGAUGAGGAACAGUUCCUGGACUCAGAGGCUACGGGCAAUGCCCAGUCAAUCGCGACUUUGGUUCUCGCUUUUGCCUCAUGGGUAGACGGGAUGAUGCAAGAGCUUGUCGAGACGACUGGCUUCGUUGCGGGCACCUUGGGAUUGUUGGCCGUCGAGGAUGUCGCAGUGGUGACUCGAUACCGACGGAUGGCGCUUUUAGUCGCUACCCAUCUCAGAAAACCACGACACCUUGAGCAGACCCUUCUUUCCAAGUACCUCGAUCUUUACGACGAGUGGAUCCACAACACGUUUCUCCAUCUCCGCAACACCCAAAUCACCCAGGAGAAGAAUCUUGAUAUCGGCCGUCUGCAUUUGACCCGAACACUCCAUGCUAUCUGGGAUGUUCUGUCCCGUGCGAUUGAAAGCUACGCUAUCUACCGGGAUGCUCUGCACAGUAUCAAGAGCCGAUUCUUUGCGCCGGUCAUGGUGGAGCUCGCGGGUGGUUCUCAAGUGGCACGAUGUUUCGAGGAAGAUAAAUUGUGA